AGGAGGCGCUGACGCAGCAGCGUGGAGCCCGGGAAUUGAGCGCCCCCGGGGGGUUCCAGCCGCCGGAUUCCAGCCCGGCCGGGGCCUGCGGGCGCCCAGAGCCGAGCCGUCCGCGUCGCUUGUCCCGGUGAGAGGGACUCCAUGACACACACUCGGAGAAAGUCCCUUCCCAUGCUGAAUUCAGGCCUCCCUGGCCGCCGGGAGCCCCUGCAGAUGGAAGACAGCAGCAUGGAGCAGGGGGCAGAGGGUGUGGAGCCAGGUAUGCCCGACAGCCCCGGGCACCUCACAGGGCGCCGCAAGAACUACCCACUGCGUAAGCGCCCGCUGGUUCCUGAGAAGCCCAAGGCCUGCAAAGUGCUGCUGACCCGCCUGGAGAAUGUGGCUGGUCCACGGAGUGCAGAUGAGGCUGACGAGCUGCCCCCUGACCUGCCCAAGCCCCCCAGCCCGGCCCCAUCCAGCGAGGACACCAGCCUUGCCCAGCCCCGAAAGCGGCGCCUGGCCUCUCUCAAUGCAGAGGCCCUCAAUAACUUGCUGCUGGAGCGAGAGGACACUGGCAGCCUGGCAGGCACCCGCCGCAGUCGGGGAGACCCCCAGCGCAGCCGGGACCGCGACCGGGCCGCUGGCGCCUGGCCUUCCUCCAAGAAGCGGCCCCGGCUCGGAGACCUUGGGGAAGGCAAUCGGGACCUGUCCCCAGAGCCAGCUCCAGAUGAAGGUGCCCGUAGGGAUGGAGACCCAGCACCCAAGAGACUGGCUAGCUUGAAUGCAGCGGCCUUCCUGAAGCUGAGCCAGGAGCGCGAGCUGCCCCUGCGGCCGCCUCGGGCCCACACAGAAGCGGAUGGGCGCUCAACCGAGCUCCCGGCACCCAAGGCGCCAAGGCCAAAGUGGGCCAAGAUCAAUGGCAAGAACUAUCCCAAGGCCAGACAGGGGCCUGGCUCUGGGGAGGCUGCAGGCCCACCGGGCUGGCAGGGAUACCCUGAUGAGCCAGGGCCAACUGCCACUCCUCGUGAGCCGUCCAGUCAGCCACCUUACCAGCCCCUGAGCAAGGCUCUGGAGAACCCCUUGGGGCUGCGCCCACACCUGCCCCUGCUGAUGGGUGGGCAGGCAGCUCUGAAACCGGAGCCUGGGCGCCCAGGUGAGGAGUCACCUGCCCCCAAGCAGGAACUGCAUCAGCCCUCUUUUCCUGCCCCUCAGCUGUCCCCGCUGCCAAUGCCUGGCAACUCUGCCGACUACAGCGGCCUGUGUGCUGGGCCUGAGCUCACCACACUGGGCAGCUUCUACCUGUACUGUGGCCAAGAAGGGCUGCAGUGUGGUGGCUACUCCGCAUGCCCCAUGCUCCCCGAGGGCAAGCUGUCCCCAGUGGCUGCCCCUAACGAGGGGCUCCUCUUGGCCCCAGGCUCAGUGCCCUCAGGCACCCCUUUCCAGCACCCUGCCUGGGGCCCUUCUCGCUACUGCUCCAGCGAGGACACGGGGAUGAGCGGCUACAGCAUCUGCGGAGUGUUGCCCCUGUCUCUCACCCACAUUGGCACUACCUGUGGCGGCUGCCCCUACAAAAUGCCUUUUGCAGCAGAAGGCUGCAGGUCCCUGGGCCAGUUGGAAUUUCCUCUCCCAGAAGCUGGCCACCCAGCCUCACCCGCCCACCCCUUCCUGGGAUGCCCGGUACCCAGUGUGCCACCUGCAGCGGAGCCUGUCCCCCAUCUUCAGACACCCACCUCGGAGCCCCAGACAGUAGCCCGUGCGUGCCCGCAGAGCGCCAAGCCUCCCAGUGGUUCCAAGUCAGGUCUGCGCACGGGCUCGGGCUGCAGGCACACUGCAAGGAGCAAGGCUGCCCGCAGGCCCAGCCACCCGAAGCAGCCGCGUGUCCAGCGUCCCCGUCCCCGCCGCCGCCGCCGCCGCCGCACUAACGGCUGGGUGCCCGUUGGGGCUGCCUGUGAGAAGGCUGUCUAUGUCCUGGAUGAGCCGGAACCAGCCAUUCGAAAGAGCUACCAGGCAGUAGAGCGGCAUGGAGAGACGAUCCGUGUCCGUGACACUGUCCUCCUCAAAUCAGGCCCUCGGAAGACAUCCACACCCUACGUGGCCAAGAUCUCUGCCCUCUGGGAGAAUCCCGAGUCAGGAGAGCUGAUGAUGAGCCUCCUGUGGUAUUACAGACCCGAGCACUUGCAGGGAGGCCGCAGCCCCAGCAUGCACGAGCCUUUGCAGAAUGAAGUCUUUGCAUCGAGACAUCAGGACCAGAACAGUGUGGCCUGCAUUGAGGAGAAAUGCUACGUGCUGACCUUUGCUGAGUACUGCAGGUUCUGUGCCAUGGCCAAGCGCCGAGGCGAGGGGCUCCCCAGCCGGAAGACAGCACUGGUGCCCCCCUCUGCAGACUACUCCACCCCCCCACAUCGCACAGUGCCCGAGGACACGGACCCUGAACUGGUGUUCCUCUGCCGCCAUGUCUAUGAUUUCCGCCAUGGCCGCAUCCUCAAGAACCCCCAGUAGCCUCCUCGUGCCCCCAGCGCGGCUGCCCAAGGGCCUGUGGGGCUCAGGGCAGGGGCAUUGCUUGAAGCACAGCACUUGGUUAAGGGGCCACAGGGUCUGAGGUCCUGGCCUGUGGCUCUCUUGGGAGGGAGGGCAGGGGCCCACUUGGGUUCUGGGCCCCAUGGGAGGGGAUGGGAGGCCAGGGUAUAAAAGAAGCAUCAGAGCCCUCAGCGUGGCCCAGGGCACCUGUCUGUGGCCCCCUGGGUGGAGACUCCCCGAGAAGUAGUCUUCCCCCACUGCUUGGCCAGGCCUGAGGAGCACAGACCCAGGCAGGAGGGGCAAGGUCCUUCAGGAACUCGGCCCAACAGGCCUUUCUGUAGCCUCCCUGGGCCUCCAAGGGGCAGUGGGAGCCAGCUUUACCUCACCCACUGUGUCCUGCGGCUUCCCCGCAGCCUGGGACCAGGCUCUCCCAGAUUCCAGCACAGCUCUUAGCUUAUUCUUUGAGGCAUAGAGGGCCAGAGGCUGGCUUCCGGAGCAUGCACUCCUGCCUGGCUUUCCUCCUUUGCCCCAGCAGUAGCCACUGGUGCUGGGACACGUUGACCUGGCCCUCCCCUCCUAGCCACGGGUGUGGCCCACUUGUCAGCCUCCUGUUGGCCUCCAGGAAGGUCACCCAGCAGAGAGUCCACUGAUCAACCUGGGGUUUGUCAGGUCUGGGAGGGCAGGUGGGUGCUGGGAGAGAGGGUAGGGGGCAGGGGCAAGGAAAAUUGCUACCUGAUUUGUUGAAGAUUUUUUCCUCUUGCCUUACAAUUGGAGGUUCUGGGAAACCUCUUGCAGAAUUUCACACAUGAUUCUUCAAGCCACACCCACCGGAAAUCAAACCAAAGGAGUGCUGUGGCUCCCCUGGCCCUGUCACCCCUUCCCCUAGUCUUUUGUAGAUUGCACUAAUUUACAUCCCAGCGAGAAUCAACACUGUAUCAGUCCACAGACCUGCUGAGCUGCAGCCGCUCACUCUAGGAGCUAGGGAUCUGCAUUUUCUGUUUGUUUCUCUUGCCCAGGGGCCGCUCCUCACCUCGUGCUGCUCCCCAGAGUAGAUCAGGAGACCCAGCCCCUUGUUGUCUUUGCCCAGACCUGGUUAUUUCCUAUUUGUACCAAAGAGGAGCAUGGCGGGGCAAGGGAGUGGAGUGCUGUGCGCUGGGGCCUGGCCUGCCUGGGAAUCUGGGGACUUGCACGAGUGCACACACUGGGGGCAGGAGCCCGGGCAGGCGGGGCACUGGGUCCUCCCCCUAGGGAGGACCAGACACAGACCCAGCAGGCUGAGGUGACCGCACUGGUGGGGCCUGCAGUGAGAGGUCAGAGGUGAAUCCUGAAGGCACCCCCAGCAAUCCCCCAGACUCUGUCCUGCCACCCCCGCCCCCCACUGCCCCAGGUGGGUUGCUCCUGAUUGGUCACUGGGCUUGGGUGAAGUCUGGAGGCUGCCGAGGUGAAAUUUGUGCUUGGGGAGCCUGAUCCCAAACCUGAAGGGAGGGGACUGGGUCUCUGUAUUGAAUAAGCUGUUUGGAGGAAGGCGUCAGUCUGGGAGGGCGGAGAUUGGCAGAGCGGCAGCAGGGCCUCUGCAAAGCCAGCGCGGAGCCCUUGCUGCCCAGGAGCCCAGCCUCACGUGCAGGAGAGAUCACGGCCCCUCCUCCCAGGAGGCAGGGUCUGCUGCCCAGAACUCAUGCUUUUGAAAUCUCUUAGAUGUGGAAAUAUUUUUUCGAACCUGAAAAUGCAGCUGGUAGAAUUUGAAUGGAAGCAUAAUCCAUGUAAAAUAUAUUUUAGUUGAUAUUUUGUAAAAUGCACUUUUUGUGUGUGUUGAUCCUGGUUUCCCAGAUCUGUAUUUCAGUGUUUACAAGGGAGGGAGGACCUUUCCUUACCUCCCUUUUGACAGAGAUUAGAAGUACUUCUUUAAGAAAAAAAUAAAUUUGAGAAAUUGUAUUGAUUUAGAAA